GCACUGCUCAAGAAGGGCACCACAACUACCCGCCGAUGAACCACAUGUACCCGCCUGGUGGGUACAGCCACCAGCAAAGUGGGGCCCCCUUGUUUCAUCAUGCCGCUGGUGGAAGUCCGCCAUCUGGAAGUCCAAAUGCCUCGCUGGUGCUCCCGCACGAACAUCAUAACCCGUCUAUAUUUGAGCAGUCCAGCAGCUUCAAUUCGUCGCAUGGUGAGUCAUCUUCUGCUUCUUCGGAGCUGCAGCAGUCCGCCUUUAGUACUACCUUCAGCAACGACCAGCAUCAGCAAUACCCAUGCAAAAAUUCAUCUUACGAUCAAAUCCCCGUUGCAAUGUCUGGUGCUCCGCUCCCUCCGAUGAACUCCUUCAAUAAUAUAUAUCAAAUGUAAAAGUGUCUGGGUCUGGAAGAGUCAUGCUGUUUCUGCAUGACACAGAAGGUCUGGCAUGGAAGCUCUAGCAUUACAGGUUUCGAGAAGCUUCCGCAAUGCCGAAUCCGCAUGACAAAUCCCCCACUUUGGUGACAGAGAGUGGGCAGCUUUUGCUACCCAUGCAUGAGAGAUUUUUCUGUGUUCUGAAAUGCGCAUCGGCAUCACAAGUUUGUAUUCUUCCAGACCCAGACCUUUUUGCAUUUGAUAUAUCCCGUAAUUUAACACAAUCGACCACUGCUGCUACUUUUCCCGAGCUGCCCGUCCCAGCUUCCCGGAACAGCCUCGCUUCGGGCAGUUCAAGCAACAGCCUUGCUUGUUUUGGCGCGCCGGAUGCAAGAUUGUUUUGCG